GAGCGCGAGUCACACACAAACACGCUGCUGUUUCCGGCGGAAGUGCCGCAGGCUGACAGUUACCGUCGUUAUUUGAACACAACAGACGCGCUGAAAGUAAACAAGAGAUAAAAUCCCUCCAGAAUCAUUAUGAGAGAGUUUAAUUAGCGCAGAGAGAUGACUUCAAAAUCAGAGCAGCUGCUGAUCGUCGUGUCGAUUCUGGAAGGCCGUCAGUUUCCCAGAAGCCCUCGGCUCGCUCUGGUUGUGGAGGCUCGCUUUGAUGGAGAGACUCUGGCCACGGAUCCGGUGGAACACACGGAACAGCCGCAGUUCUGCACGGAGCUGGCCUGGGAGCUGGACCGCAAGACUCUCCACCAGCACAGGCUCCAGAGGACUCCCAUCAAACUGCAGUGUUACGCCGUCGACUCCGGCUCGUCUGCGAGAGAGAGUGUGGGAUACAUCGUCCUCGACCUGAGAUCAGUGCAGGAGGUCAAGCAGGCUCCUAAAUGGCAUCCUCUGCUCAGCAGCAAGUACACGAAGCUCAAACCUGCCCUGCUGAUCAGUAUGAUCCUAGAGAACGACAGCAAACACACCGCUGAGCCCUUCAAGGCAAAGAAAGCUCCACCGAGAGCAGGUUCUCCAGCGCUGGUUCCUCUGGAAGCUGCUAAACUCAGAGCGGUUCUGAACGAGGAAGAAGGUUUUCAUCAGAUCGGACCUGAAGAUCUCUGUACGGACAUAUUUGUGCUGUCCGUAACGGUUGCGUUUGCUACUAAACUGGAGCAGUUGAUCUCCAGCUCGACUAAGCUGUCCAGUGAGGGGUCCGAGUUCUUCUUCUAUUACACUCUGCUGGGGAACGACGUCACCAGCGAACCGUUCCAGAACCUCAUCAGUCCAAACUUCGAGCCGGAGCGGGCGUCCGUCCGCGUUCGCAGCAGUGACCGAGUCCUGCGACUCUUUCUCAGCCAGCAGCCCUGUCUCCAGAUCCAUCUCUGCUGUGGAAACCAGUCUCUCGGCAGCACCGACGUCAGUCUGGCUGGUUUAAUAAAGAGCAGCGCUGAUCUGACCAAACAUUCUGCCACUAUAGAGGGCGCUUUCAUCCUGCAGCCCCCGAACCGGGUCAAACCCCAGCUGCAGUCUGUCCCGCCGGACCUCCAGCCGACUGUGGGCGUAUCUGUGACAUUGAGGGCGGAAGAUAUCAGUAAUCAGUUAGACAUUGAAAACGGGCCUAAAACUCCAGUGAAGAAAGGCCCCGUCCCUGCCGGCCGUCGUGAGGAGCACAGAGUCCCGCUGAGCCCGUCACCUGCCAGGAAAUCACCGGACCGCCCUCUCCCAUCUCCAGCUGCUUCUCCUGAGCGUCAGCACUCUGAGAGCGAGGCCGAGAGUCUGUCCAGUGAUGUCAGACAGGCUCCGCCCACCACACAUGACAGACAGGCUCCACCCACCGCACUUGACAGACAGGCCCCACCCACAGCGUAUGAUGUUCCUGUUGCUCCAGAUGAAGCUGAUGCCGCAGAUUCGUCCAUGUCAGUUUCUGCUCCAAAGAUCUCCAUCCCUGCCUCCGCGCACCACUACUGCUUCUCUCUGGACCUGCGCAGCGUCCGGGAUCUCAGAACUAGCUUCCCUGUCAACUGCAUCCUCAGAUACGCUUACCAGUUCUUCGGCAGCGCGGCUCCCAUCAUGACGAGUCCAGCGGUGGAGGUGAAGAAGAACACGGAGGUGUUUCUUCCGCAGUCGUACUGCGCCUUUGAUUUCGCAGCUCUGCCCAAUCAGCUUCAGGACACCUUCCUCAGGGUUCCUCUGCUGGUGGAGAUGUGGCACAGAGAGCCGAACUCUCCAGACGUUCUGCUGGGUUCUGUCAGUAUUCAGCUGUCCCGCCUCCUCAGCUCAGAGAAAACACGCUUCCUCGACCCGUCCGGCCGGCAGCACUGGAGACAGAGCUGUUCUGAGAGGAUUCCCAUCAUUAAAGCAGACGGGUCUGAGAAGUUGGCUGAACUCUGUUAUGUGAGCGUUCUUGAAGAUCUGGGUUUUGUGAAAGCUCAAGAAAUCCUCGUCUCUGAAUCCUCACAGGCAGCAGUGGCUCCUCCUCAGGGUCACGGUGGGUCAGAGACGCUCACACGACCUCGAGAGACCCUGGAGUACAAGGCAGCGCUGGAGCUGGAAAUGUGGAAGGAGAUGCAGGAAGAUUUGUUCGAUGAUCAGCUGAAGCAGAAGGAGUUGAGUCACAUGCAGGCGCUGGCGGAGGAGUGGAGGAGGAGAGAUCAGCAGCGGGAGGCGCUCAUCAAGAAGAAGGAAAUGGAGUACGGUCUCCUGGAGGAGCAGCUGCAGAAGACUCUGUCUGAUCUGGAGAAGAGAGAGAAGGCUCUGGCUCACGCUGAGACGGAGACCCAGAGGCUGCAGCGAGAGAUGCGCGCCGAACACGAGUUCAGCAUGCGGGAGCUGCAGGACAGCGGCCGGCGUCUGCGCGAGGACUGCGCCCACCAGGUGGAGCUGGAGAGGUCGAAGGUCAGGCAGCUCGAGGAUCAACUGGCCCGACAGCGACAGCAGAUGCAAGAGGCUGAGAAUAAACACAAGCAGCUGGAGAAGGAGUUUCAGCAGUACCGGGAGCAGCAGAGCGUUCGGCCGGAGGUCCGUCUGCAGUCAGAGAUCAACCUGCUGACCCUCGAGAAGGUGGAACUGGAGCGGAAACUGGAAUCGGCGACUAAAUCUAAACUGCAUUACAAGCAGCAGUGGGGACGAGCGCUGAAGGAGCUGGCCAGAUUCAAGCAGCGUGAGCAGGAGAACGCCAUGACACGCUUGAAGAAGCAGCAGCAGGAACUGGAGCACAUGAGGCUUCGCUACCUGGCCGCUGAAGAGAAGGAAACUGUCAAGAACGAGAAGAAUGAGCUUCAGGACAUCCGCAACGAGCUGAACAGGCUGAAGCAGCAGGAGGAACCGCGGAGCUGGACGGAAGCGGCGCGCGCGUGCGUGAGCGAGAGCGCGGAUGAGCAUGUGACGCGUCUGCUGGAGGAGAGAGACACGCUGCUGCGCACCGGCGUUUACACGCACGACGACCGCAUCAUCUCCGAGCUCGACCGGCAGAUUCAACAGGCCAUGGCCGGCAGGAGCACGUGACCGAAGCCCCUCUGUCUGUUAUAAUGCAUUAAUGUUACUAAUGAAUAAAACUCGUCAGUGAAGACUGUUAGAGGAGAGGGGGAUUUUACCUCACACCAGAACAUAUUCCAUGACCUUUUGCACAGAUUUAAUCUAAAUGUGUGUGUGUGAGAGCUUUCAGCAGGUGGUGCUGUUUCUCAACAAAUCAUUUUUGAACACUUUAUAGAGCUUCAUCAGGGAUUUAUAUGUGACUUUAUUUAUAGUUUGUCUGUGUGUUUUGUACUAGCUGUGUGAAUCUCGGAUGAAAUAAAUAUUUUUAUGUGUGUUUUCCUA